ACAAUUUUUAGGUAAUAAAUCUAAGUUCAAUUUAGCACCAUGCAUGUGAUACCAAAAUGGACUAAAAAAAUAUAAAAACUACCCCCUUGUUUUUUUGCCCUAGGCCCCUCUUGGAUUAAACAAAAUGUACACAUCCAUAAAAACAAAAUCUACUCCCCCACACAAACUCUUUCACUAUAAUACAUCCUUCAUUUACGUACCAUGAAUCCUUUCAAAAUUCUCACAACCAAAAACAAAGCCCAUAACAAUGGCAUCUAUUUUCUUCUCUUUAAUUCUUUUCCUUUUCUCCCUUAUCAUCUCUCCUUCAUCUUCAACCACUAUCACUCUUACCCUUUCACCACUUCCUAAACCAAAAUCUUUCUCAAAUCCAUGGGAAUUUACUUUUAACCUAAUAAAUUCUUCCAUUAAAAGAGCUCUUCACCUCAAAAACCCCAAGAAAAAUAACACUUCUUCUAGUAGUUUCCAUGGUACUACCAAUACUUCUCUCUAUCCUCGUAGCUAUGGCGGUUACUCCGUCUCGCUCGCGUUCGGUACGCCGCCACAGAAAAUCCCUCUCGUAUUCGACACCGGAAGUAGUCUUAAUUGGGUUCCGUGCACUUCAAGGUACGCUUGCUUUAACUGCACGUUAUCUGGGGUUGACCCUUCCAAUAUAACAACCUUCAAGCCCAAGUUAUCUUCCUCUACCCGUAUUGUAGGUUGCAAGGAUCCGAAAUGUGGGUGGAUUUUUGGGCCGGAUGUAAAAUCUCGAUGCGGGCCAGAAUGUGGGUCGAUUUCGAACUGUACACGGGCGUGCCCGAAUUAUAUUCUUGAGUAUGGGUUAGGAUCCACUGCUGGUGUUUCUAUAUACGAGACCCUUGAUUUGCCGGGCACCCCGGUGAAAGACUUUCUCGUAGGGUGCUCGGUUUUAUCAAUUCGACAACCCGAGGGUAUUGUUGGCUUCGGGCGAGCUCCUACGUCUCUCCCGAACCAGCUAAAACUCAGCAAGUUUUCAUACUGUCUUUUAAGUCAUAAAUUAGACGACAGUCCUAAAAGUAGCAAGCUAACUUUAACAAGCAUCGGAAAUAAGAACUUAAAAAGCGAGGUAGAAUACACCCCGCUUCUUAAGAACCCAACCUCAUAUCCUUACCUUGAGUAUUAUUAUGUAAACAUGAGAAAAAUUACAGUAGGUAAAAAAACCGUAAAAUUACCAAAUAAAUAUCUUACCCCCAAUUCAAAUGGAAACGGGGGUACAAUUAUCGAUUCUGGGACAACAUUUACUUUUAUGGAGAGGUCAUUGUUAAACCCGCUUGUAAAAGAGCUUGCGGCACAAUACUCGAAUUACAAGCGGGCCAAAGAUAUAGAGGCCCAAUCGGGUUUUGGGCUUUGCCUUAAUAUUAUAAGUGUACAACCCUUACAAAAUGUUACGUUCCCCGAAUUGGUUUUUCAUUUCAAGGGUGGUGGAAAGAUGGUAAUGCCAAUGAGCAAUUAUUUCUCAUUUGUGGGUGAUUUGGGUGUAGUGUGCUUAACGAUUGUUACUAAUGAUAGCCCGGCAGCACCUAGUAUCCCAAUUGGGCCUGCAGUGAUAUUAGGUAAUUAUCUGCAGCAGAAUUUCUAUAUUGAGUAUGAUUUGGAGAAUCAAAGGUUAGGUUUCAAGAAGGAGAAAUGUGGAUGAAAUAUUAUGUAAUUAAGAGUACGUGACUAGUGUUUAUUUAUUUUUAUUUCGAAUUUUCUUUUAAUAUUAUGAUAUUAUUUCGUUGGAAAUUAAGGCGCAUGCAAUUUGCUUAUAAUUCUUAUAGCAAGUUUAAU